AUGGGAGACCAGGAAUUCUUCACAGAGAAAAAUGCAAUUGAUGCAAAGAUCACUGAUUCUUCCCAUACCGAGGUGGAACAUGGUAUCAUUAAGGACUGGGACAAGGAAGAGUCGGCUGUUCGACGCAAAAUCGACUUCAUUUUGAUUCCUACUCUUGCUCUUGCUUUCUUCUCCUUGCAACUCGAUCGUGGCAACAUCAGCGCCGUCCUUACCUCCACAAUCACCAAAGAUCUCGGUAUCACAACCAACCAAGUCAAUGUCGGCACCCAACUUCUCUCGGCUGGCAUUGUUCUUUCGGAAAUCCCUUCCAACUUCCUUCUGCAACGCAUCGGACCCCGGACAUGGCUGUCGGGUCAAUUGUUCGCCUGGGGCCUCGUGGCUACCUUCCAGGCCUUUGUGACGUCUUACCCGGCAUACCUAGUGACCCGCAUCCUGCUUGGUCUCUGUGAAGGUGGUUUCAUUCCAGGUGCGCUGUACUAUCUUUCGACUUGGUAUAAGAAGGAUGAGACCAGUCUCCGGACAAGUUAUUUCUUUUAUGGUCAGAUGUUUGCUUCCGCGACUUCCAGUCUGAUUUCAGCUGGAGUUCUCAAGCUGGAUGGCACCAACGGAUGGGCUGGAUGGAGAUGGAUUUUCCUCAUCGAGGGCCUCAUCACCCUAUUCAUCGGCAUCGUUUUUACACUCUUGGUUCCCCCCAGCGUGGGCGACGGCCGUCCCUUGAUCGCCUUUGGCCGCUGGAGUUAUUUCACCGAGCGGGAAUCGCACAUAAUUCGCAACCGCGUCUUGCUGGAUGACCCUAAGAAGGCUCGGGGCCAUAUCCAGAUCUCCAAAUCUGAUGUCUGGAAGGCUCUGAAGAACCCGCGCAUCAUGCAGCACGUAUUCAUCACCCUGGUUUCCAUGUCUGCUUUCCAGGGCUUGACCCAAUACACUCCUACCAUGAUCAAGUCGCUCGGCUUUUCCUCGAUCAAGGCUAAUGCUCUCUCGUCUGUGCCGGUUUACUGCGGCAUCGUCUGGUUGACAAUUUUGUCGUUCCUUGCGGAUCGUACUGGCCACCGCGGUCCAUUUGUGCUGCUUGCAAUCACCUGGAAUGUGAUUUCCUAUGCCUGCCUGCGGACUGAUCCGUAUCACUCUGGACAGUGGCACCGAUAUGGUGUCAUUGCUAUCACCAAUGUCUCCUACUGCAGCAUGCAUAUCCUCAAUGUUGGUUGGUUGUCAUUCUACUGCCGAACCCCCCAAGAAAGGAGUGUCGCCAUGGCUUUGGUUGUGAUGGCCGCAAACUGUGCUGGUAUCUCCGGCUCCCAGAUCUUCCGUACCGAAGAUGCGCCCAAAUACUUGAAGGGGCUUACGGCAAUCUGUGUUCUGGCUGGAGUGUCUUGGUUGCAAGUGGCAGGUCUCUCGUUGCAGACUUAUUUCGGGCGGAAAAAGGCGACGGCAGAGGACAAGGAAUCCACCCCCUCCACAAACUCAUAA